AUGCCUCCUUACUGGCCUUUUGAGGCCCAACAAGGGGAUUCACCUCAGCCACUGAGGCUCCAUACACCCCCGGGAGCUUUACAUCCCCAGUUCCCAGCCACGUACAAUAGUAGUCCCCGGCACAACAGUGGAGUCCGCUAUCAUGCAGGGAAGUUGAUUGGUAGCAUGGACAAGUGUCAAAAAUGA